AUGGCAGCUUAUGCAGCUCUGGUUUCUCUCUUGAACAAUAUUCAGCAGAUGAUGACCCAUCCUAACCUUUCCACUUCUUUCCACAACUAUCAGAUCCAUUCCCUCGAGAAGAAGGCUGCUUUGUUGCUCCAUUUCAUAGAGACCUUUAAUUAUGGUGGACUUAGCCAAGAAGCACAACAUCUCGAAAGCCUAAUCACAUCUGCUGCUCAUACAGCUGAGGAUAUGAUUGAAUCACACAUCGUCAAUCAACUCCUUCCUCUUUCAGCUGAUGAUCGCGAAGCAGAUUUCAGUUUCUCCUUGUAUCUACGGAAAAAGGGGGAAAUUGAAGAUCAAUUUCAUAGUGGAUCCAACCAAGCAAUUCAAGAGCCUGCACCUUAUGUGGCUGGAGAUGGAUGCUUGGAGUAUCUGCGGCAGAUAAUUGAGGACAUGGAUGCUAUCAUCAAAAAGGCCAAUGAGUUGAACGAGAUACACAGAUUAAGAGAGGACCAACCACCCACGCCUUCAACACCUAAGUAUGCUCAGACCAGAGAAGAAAGUGGUAUGGUGGGAUUUGGUGAUGAGUUGAUUCAACUUCUUGACGAGCUCACCGGUCAACGAUCCAAUCUGCAUAUCAUCUCAAUCAUCGGUAUGGGCGGCAUGGGUAAGACUACUCUUGCCAAAAAUAUUUAUGCUCAUCAACUCAUCAUUGAACGCUUUGAUAUUCGUGCUUGGGCUACCGUAUCUCAUCAAUACAAUGCUGAACAAAUUCUUCAACAACUUCUUUCUGACAAAGAUAACUCCUCCGAUAAAGAUGUAGACAAAUUAGGAGAACAGUUGCAUAAAACUUUAUUUGGUAGAAGAUAUUUGAUCAUAUUAGAUGACAUAUGGUGUGUUGAAGCUUGGGAUGAAGUGAGCCGCUUCUUUCCAGAUAACGGAAAUGGAAGCAGGAUUGUUCUAACUACUAGGUUGUCAGAUGUGGCUAAAGAUUGUGGCUCGUCUUGCUUUCCUAAGAAUCUUCUAAAUGAGAAUGAAAGUUGGGAGUUAUUCUGUAAGAAGGCAUUCCAAAAUGAAGAUUGCCCCACUGAACUAGAAAAAGUUGGAAGGGAGAUUGUUAAAUUGUGCAAAGGACUAGCAUUGUCCAUUGUUGUGAUCGGGGGGAGACUUCUAAAGUCUCCUAGAACUGUAGGAUAUUGGAAAAAUGUUGCUAAAGAUAUAGAAUCAAGUCCCAGUUCAAAAGAGAAAGAAGAAAGCUUAGAUGUAUUGUUUUCAAAUUAUAGCCACUUGCCUGCUCGUUUAAAGCCUUGCUUUCUUCAUAUUGGAGUUCUUAAACUUACUAAUCAUGAGAACCUCCAUAUCUCAAGAAUCAUCCAACUUUGGGUUGGUGAGGGAUUUUUGAAAUCAAAUGGAGGCCUAGUUUUGGAAGAGAUUGGAGAGGAUUACUUGAAGGAACUUAUUGAUAGAAAUCUGAUAGUAGUCAGCAAACGAAGUAAAAAUGGGAGGAUGAAAUGUUGUGAUAUUCAUGAUCUUUUAAGAGACCUAUGCUUAAAAGUAGCUGAGCAACAAGGGUUUUUUCAUGUUAUCUCUCAAGGUCAUGUAGUAGGCACAGAACGUCGCCUCGUAUAUAACAAUGCUUCCCGGGGGAGAGAAAGCGCUAGACUUCCACUUGCACGCUCUAUCAUGAAAUUUAAAUUUGAGAAAGAGGAGUCUUAUAAACAUAGAUUGGUGCGAACUUUGGAUGUAAACAAUCACAGGUCAGUUGAAGUACCAUUAGGGUGUGUUAACUUGCGCUACCUUGCUUUGCGGAUCCCUGAUAAACUGGGCGCGAUGGAGCUUCCCAGUUCAUUAUCCUUGGUAUGGAAUCUGCAUGCUUUAAUCAUUAAGAAUUCUUCUGGGAAUCCUCCUACAGUACUUGCACCAAUUGAAAUUUGGAAGAUGCGACAACUUAGGCAUAUCAAGUGUGGUCGAAUUUAUCUUCCUCAACCCGACGGACAAGAUUACUUGUUGGAAAAUCUUCAGACGCUUGGGAGUGCAGUGAAUUUGAGGUUGAGUGAGGAUGUGUGCAACAUCAUUCCCAACAUCAAGAUAUUGCAUCUUGAAUAUAAGCAUGACUUGCAAGGUAAUGAUGAUAGUUUGAUUGAGUGUUUGUGCAAUGUUGAUCGGUUGCAUAAACUUGAAUCACUCAAAUUGAGUGGGUGGUGGAACAUGGAUUAUAAGUUGAAUGAGAUACUCACAUUACCCAGUUCGCUAAACAAGUUGUCGUUGAGUUAUUUCGAAUUAGAUUGGGAAGAUCUGAGCUUGAUUGGUUCGUUGCCCCUACUGGAAGUUCUCGAGGUACAAUUCAACUGUUCCAUGGUGGAGAGUAGCACGUGGAGUGCUGUUGAUGGGCAAUUUCAACGCCUCAAGUUCUUGAAAAUUGAGUGGUGUGAUCUGAGAUGUUGGAAUGCAGAUAGUUGGCAUUUCCCAAUUCUGGAGAAGCUUCUUCUUCAUAAUAUGCCUGAGUUGGAAGAGAUCCCAUUGGGUAUUGGUGAGAUACCAACACUCAAACUUAUUCAUGUGAAGAAUUGUAGUAACUCUGCCGCCAUUUCAGCUAUCAAAAUAAAAGACGACCAGCUCGACUAUGGCAAUGACGACCUUCAAAUCCAAGUUGAUGUGAAUACACGUGUACAACAGAGCUUCAUGGCAAUGGUGGAAAAAGAGGGCUUAACACUCAAUAAUGUUCAAUCUAAUAUAUCUCCUUUAGGCUUUUAUUUCUAG